UAGAGUCGUAGAGCAAGUCAGUGUUCAUUCAGUCAGUUAUUGGUGAUCUAUGCAAGUUCUCGGAGCGACUUCGUGCCAUCUGUUGUUACGGCAGCGACAGCAGCGUUUAGUAUGAGCUUAUUAAGCGGCAAACUUCUGUAGCAGUUUCGAAGUAACACGCGCGUAGCAUCAAAAGCUCUUGUUGACCUCUCGCGUAGUCUGUGGUGACCUUCGUUCGAACCUGACCGUGGAGCUGUGUUCCUCCAGCUAGCAGCCAGUCCUGAGAUAUCCGUUCUUCGUUUCUGUCGAAAGAUACUGUAAACGUUUGCAGAACAGUCAACAAAAUGUCAAGGGAACGUGCUUCCAGAAGAUUUUAUCGAGUAGACAGUACCAAUGAUUUGUUUGAAUUCAUGGACCGUGGCUAUACAGCCCAACAUGAAAAUCGAUGGAACUUUGAAGUUGCUUGGGAAGCUGCCAACAAAGUUGGUGGCAUUUAUACUGUAAUAAGAUCCAAAGCCUAUGUUUCAACUGAAGAAAUGGGUGAUCAAUACUGCCUCAUUGGUCCAUAUAAAGAACAUUUGGCACGCACUGAAAUUGAGGAAGCUGAUUUUCCUCCUCAUAACCCUUUACAUCAAGCAGUACAAAUUUUGCGUGAUCAGGGAUAUAAAGUGGUAACAGGCACAUGGUUAGUGGAUGGAAAUCCUCAAAUUAUUCUGUUCGAUAUCGGUAGCGCCGCCUGGAAGCUCGAUGAAUAUAAACAAGAAUUAUGGAACACUUGCAAUCUUGGAAUACCUCAUCUCGAUAUCGAAGCUAAUGAUGCCGUAAUACUCGGAUAUCUAGUCUGCCAAUUUAUUGAUGAAUUUAGAAAAGCAGCCGAAAGUUACUCGAGUGUUCCUCCGAGAAUAGUCGUACAUUGUCAUGAAUGGCAAGCAGGUGUUGGAUUAAUUGCUUUAAGAACAAGACACAUGGAUGUGGCCACAGUAUUUACCACCCACGCUACACUUCUCGGUAGAUAUCUUUGCGCAGGAAAGACUGAUUUUUACAACAAUCUAGAUAAGUUUAGUGUGGAUGAGGAAGCAGGGAAACGUCAAAUAUAUCAUAGAUAUUGUAUGGAACGUGCGGCUACACAUCUUGCGCACGUAUUUACGACAGUUUCGGAUAUCACUGGUUUCGAAGCCGAACACUUGCUCAAACGCAAACCCGAUAUUAUUACGCCAAACGGAUUGAAUGUGAAGAAGUUUGCGGCGUUGCACGAAUUUCAGAAUUUACACGCAAUUAGUAAAGAAAAAAUACAUGAGUUUGUGCGAGGCCAUUUUUAUGGACAUUACGACUUUGAUUUAGACAAAACACUAUAUUUUUUCAUCGCUGGUCGAUACGAAUAUGGGAACAAAGGUGCCGAUAUCUUUAUCGAAGCUCUAGCUAGGUUGAAUCAUUAUCUAAAAUCAUCUAGACCCGAUUUAACGGUGGUUGCUUUCCUCAUCUUUCCUGCGAGAACCAACAACUUUAACGUCGAAUCUCUUCGUGGUCAUGCUGUAACAAAAUCUUUACGAGACACCAUCAAUGAUAUACAACAGAAGAUAGGAAAACGAAUGUACGAAUUAUGCCUCUCUGGUCGUAUGCCUGAAGCUCAAGACUUGUUGCAGAAAGAUGAUACUAUUAAAAUAAAACGAUGUUUAUAUGCUCUCCAAAGGAAUGGAUUACCGCCCAUUACGACACACAACGUUGUUGAUGAUUGGAAUGAUCCAGUGUUAAAUAAUGUUAGAAGAUGUAAUCUCUUUAACACUGUUCAUGAUCGCGUUAAGAUAGUGUUUCAUCCGGAGUUUCUUUCUUCAACAAAUCCGCUUUUCGGUCUCGAUUAUGAGGAAUUUGUCAGGGGAUGUCACUUAGGCGUCUUUCCUUCGUACUACGAACCUUGGGGAUAUACACCGGCUGAAUGCACGGUUAUGGGUAUUCCCAGCAUCACCACAAACUUGUCAGGAUUUGGUUGCUUUAUGCAAGAGCAUAUAGCCGAUCCGAUGAGCUACGGUAUUUACAUCGUCGACAGACGUUACAUCGAUUUGGAAUCGAGUGUUCAACAGCUUGCUCAAUAUAUGUUCGAAUUUGCGCGACUUAGCCGUCGUCAACGUAUUAUUCAGAGAAACCGAACGGAACGUCUCAGCGAUCUCCUUGAUUGGCGAAAUCUUGGCAUUUAUUAUCGUCAAGCGAGAAUAAAGGCAUUGACGACUGUGUAUCCUGAAUUGGCGUCGGAAUAUGCAGAAGGUGGAGUCGGUCGAUUCCAUUAUCCCAGACCAAUCAGUGAACCGCCAUCUCCGACGUCUUCACGGCAUACAACACCGGCUGCUUCUGUACACGGUUCGGACGAUGAAAACGAUGAAGUUGAUGAUGAAAAGGAACUGGAAGAACUGCGACAAACCAACGGAAGAUAAAUAAGCAGAAAUAAAAAACAAUCAGAGCGAGAAUUACGUGCAAUAAAAUAAUGUUGUGAAAUGUACGUAACAGCAGUGCCAAAAUGUUAGUUACCACAAAUAUGUAUCUACAUAAUUUUAAUUUGAACGCUUUAAUUAUAGCUUGUUAUUGAAAUCUGUCACUGCCGUGCAAAAGAGAAGUUAAAAUAGAAGUUAAAACUUAAUUAACAUCGAAGCAAUAUCUACGACGAUCACAAUUAUUGUCAUCAUCGCGAGCGAUAUUAUUUAUAUUUCAUUAGAAUUUUACUUGUUAAUGGCAAUUAUUAACUUAUUCCAUUCGGCCAAUCUAAAUUUCUGAUUAUAUAUAAGUAUAUUCAAAUGAUUAACAAUCGUUUUCGAUACUAACAUUACUAUCACAUAUAUUAGUAUGUGUGUGUCUAAACUAUUGAUAUCAUUUUAAUAUAUUAAUAUGAUAAUAUUUUAAUAUACUAAGCGAAUUAAAAGUUUGAAUGUACAAGAGGAAAAUGCCACACACACACAUAUAUAUCUAUGCACUACAUUAUACUGAAUAAUUGCACUAUGAACGGGAUACGUUCUUGUUGUAUAGAGAUAAUUAUAUUUUUAUCAGAAUUGGCACUAAAUAAAGAGAUUUCUAUCAUUUUGUGUUACUGAA